AUGAGGGACCAGGCCAUCACCUUGCUGGUGGCAGCAUUAAGGCAUGUUAGGGUGCUAAUCAACACAGUGCCACAGCCUGAAGAGAGCUUAGAGGUGAUAUACAAGUGGGUGGAGGACUGGGACCAGACCUGGGCUGGGAUCUACUUGUGGUGGAAGUACAUUGAUGAGAACAAGAUUUCUAUCCUGAAGGUGUGUGAUACCAACCUACAUGACAUGACCGAGGAAUCUGUGAUAUGGCAGAACAAGGCAAUCCCUGGGGUGAUAACAAUAGUGGAUCUCCAGUGGCCAGAAGGGCAGCAUAGGUUCAACAUUGAUGACCUUUUCGAGGACUACCAGGAGUGGGUAGAGGAGAGAGCACAGAUGGAGGCCGAGAGGUUGGCCAAGGCACCAUCCAUGUGCACCUGGGGCCAAGCAGCAAGAGGUGAGGGCCAAGACUGUGCACCAGAAGACACCAAAGGAAACCCAUCAAGAGGAGCUGCAUGCUUGACAGGGGAGGGCUCUGGUAGUGCAAGCAAGGGAAAAGGGAAGCAGAAGGCCACCAGUGAGGAGGACGAGCUGGCUGAUGAUGUCAACAAUGAUGAGGGUGACAGCAAACCAGGUCCACCCACAAAGGGACCUCACACAGCUGGGGACAAUGAGCCCUGUGAGACAUGUGCCCAGGCAAACUUCACAUGUGUUGGGGAGCCAGAGGCAUCCUGCAAACAGUGCAGGAAGGCGAAAUGCAAGUGCUCAUGCUCUCAAGGUGUAGGGAGAAAGCAGCCUGAUCCAACCCCCACAUGCUUGCCUUUGCCAGAUCCAGCUCCUUCACUUCACGAUCCUUCACCAACACCCUGUCUCUUUUUCCAUGGAGCCACUCCAAUGCCCAGACCUGCACCCAAGCCCUCACCAGUCCCAGUCGAUGAUCCUCACAUGUCACUUCUGAUUGAUGAACUGCAAGUUGAGAUCAAACCAUUCUUUGCGACUGUGACCAGUUUACUGGAUGAACCUGGAGGCAUUGAAGUGAUGGCCCAGAGUGACACUCCAUCAGCUGUGGAAAUUCUGGAGGUCAAAUACCCACAUGAGUGGUCAACAGCAAACAUCAUUGAGCAUCUGUGA